CUAUCCCAGUUUGUUGCACGGAACAAAAAAAAUACCAGUGCAGCCUUUCCGGUUUGCUGUCUGUGAUACGAACACGUGUUUGAGAUAUUUCCAAAGAAUGCCAAAAGCACUCAAAGGUAAAGGGGCGGUGGAGAAGAAAGUUGUGCACCCAUACAGUAGAAAAGCUGCUCAGAUGGCAAGAGGAGUAACCAAACAGGAAAAAAAAGAAAGAAAAAAGAAUGAGAAAGCUAUACGUCUCAGUUCUACAGGUGAAAAACUGCUUUGGUUUCAGAACCAACUUGAUCCUAGCAAAACUGAGUAUAGUAAGAAGGAAGCAUGUGCAGUUAUAGAAAGAUAUUUGCAUCGAUUUGACAGUGAGCUGGAACAGAUAGAACUAGUGAAUGGCAUUAAAGGCAGGCAAGGAAGACAGCACAGCUCCCGAGAGAAUGUCAUCAAACAGACCAUUGAACGGGAGAGAAUGCAGUACGAGGGAUAUGGAAUAGAAAUUCCAGAUAUUAUGAACGGUAAACAUCUUAAAAUGUUCAGGGAAUGGAACGGGGAUCUGAAAAAGCUGCCAAAUAUUAAAAUAAGGACACUUUCAUCAAAGGGUUUGGAUUCCACAAAGACAGACUGUAACAACAGAACUGAAGAUGGGCUAAAUGAGGACAAGGACAGUUUAACAGCACAGUCACAUGAGGGUGAUGAUAUGUGUAAAGAAGCUAAAUCAGAGAUGCUGGAGGAUGUCAAGUGACCAGAAGUAAUUUGCAGGGACAUCUGUUCAAAUAAAUUUUCAACAUCAAAUGAAAAUAUAUUGGAGAAACUUUCUAGAAACUGAAAGUGUUGCUGUGUACUGUAUAUGUGUUAUUUGAAAGAAAAAUAACUGCCUUGGUUUAAAAAAACAAAAUAAAAAAUUAAGCAUCAAAUGAAACUUGCAUCACAAUUAAAAUAGAUGUACCUUAUGUUGUCUUAGUUCAGUUCAAACAGCACAUUUUGGUUUAUAAAGUUCUAUUCCCACUCUAUACUGCACUGUACAAGCCUCCAAAACAUUUGAACUGAAGUGUCAAUAUCCAUUGUUUCUAUACUGUUGUUUGGUUCAAGAGCCGCAUGCCAGCAUGUAGUCCUGUUUUUCUCCAAGUUCAAUAGCCUCUUGAUGCGUUUUGAAUUCAAGUCAUUUUAAAUCUGUAGGUGUUGCUUUUGUUUUCCAAAACCUCAAAAAUAAUCUAUAUUCAAUUCAUUGCUGGAUGGUCAGACAGGGAGACUGCCUCCACCUCUGGAUUGUGGUAUAACGUUGAAGAACAAAGAACCAAACUGGAGUGUAUAGAAUUACCUACUGGAAACAUGUCACUUGGAGGGAUUCCAUAACCAUUGUUAAUCUGGUCAGCUACUGGUUCUGCAAUUGCAUGGCAGCCACAAUGUGCAGAAAUCAUUCACCCAGUUAUCCAGCUGAAAGCAGAGACAUCCUGAAGCGGGAUAAAUAGUAGCUGCUUUAGCUGCUCUUUCUUACCUGUACCAGCUGGAUACAAGCAAGUUCAAAAUUAUGUUUGUGGGAACAUGGCUAAUCUAUGAAAUAAUAUUAAGAAAAUAAAUACAUUUACAUCUACGCUGAUUAUAAGAUAUUAACCUGACAUUCACAAAAGCACUUGAAAUAUGUAGUGCAUUCUGAAAACUGCAGUAACUAACAUCUCCCUUGAGAAGCCAUUUCUACUUAAUGUAAUUUACUGUAACUAUUCAAUGACUUUUGAUAUCAUCUGAUUUUACAGAAACCAGAAACAGCCGUGGUACAUGUAGUAGCGCUUAA